AGAUGGACCUUCAGACUUGCCAUACUUUCGUAUUUCUAUUACGCAUGCGUGUGGCGGUUGCAUUGAUAAGCUAUCAGAAGCAUAAUUUUAAAACAUGUCAGAGAAAGGAGACGUGGAUUUAACUGGUGCCAAGCAGAAUACGGGUGUGUGGCUUGUAAAGGUGCCCAAAUACCUCUCUCAGCAAUGGGCAAAAGCGACUGGCAGAGGCGAGGUCGGGAAACUCCGAAUCUGCAAGAAAGGAAACCAAGGAAAAGCAGAAGUGUCUUUCACUUUGAAUGAAGAGCUGACUGUGAUUGAGGGUAUAGAAGAUAAGACUGUGUCUGCGCCUCGCGAGCACCCGUUCACCAUGCAGUCAGUGGGAGGUCAGACAUUGGCGGUCUUCACAGAGACUUCAUCAGGCCAGUCAGAAGAGAGAUCUGAUGGCAGCAGCUCAGGUUCGGGGGCGGGGGCAGGUCCAGAUAAAAUAGCCUUGGAGGGAGUGGUAGUGCAGAGAGCAGAGUGCAGACCUGCUGUCAGUGAAAGCUAUAUGAGGCUGAAGAGGUUACAAAUUGAAGAGUUGUCCAAGCCAGUCAGGCUGUCACAACAGUUGAAAAAUCCUGUCACCAACAACUACAAACCUGUGGCCAACCAUACUUACAAUCUUGAGUAUGAGAGGAAAAAGAAGGAGGAGGGCAAGAGAGCAAGAGCUGACAAACAACAGGUGUUGGACAUGUUGUUUUCUGCUUUUGAGAAGCACCAGUACUACAACAUCAAAGACCUGGUGGAUAUCACCAAACAGCCUGUGAUUUACUUGAAGGAAAUCUUGCGUGACAUUGGCAUCUACAAUGUGAAGGGAACACACAAGAAUACCUGGGAGCUCAAGCCAGAAUACCGACAUUACCAAGGCGAGGAAAAGACUGACGAAUAGUUUCUGACCCUCCCAAGGCAGAUACACCACCUUCUCAUUUGAUGGGGGUCCCUCCCAGACCAGGCCUUGGUUGGACCUUGGAGUUCUCCUGAUUUCCUUACAUCAGAUCCCAAAACACUGGAUGAUGAGGUCAAGCAAAGGUUGCAUUUGACAGGGAGAGGUUUUUGUAAUAUUUUGUAGGAAAAAAAUUGAGGUUUUGUGUUCCCCAUCUCUUCCCGAUGUGGUUUCUCUCACAGCUCCAGCACACCCUCAAGGAAAAAACCCCCAGUAUUUUUAAUUAAUUGUUCUAGCCAUCAGAGGAACAGGACAUAGCAUUUUAGGAAGUGAAAGAUGCAUUUACGAACUCUGGUUCAAUGUUUUAAAGAAAGCUUAAGGGGAAGGAUAUAACAGGUAAUGGCUCUUUCCACUAAGUUGGUAUGUGCAAAGGAAGUUUUUUUCUAGACUUUUAAAGUUUCCAUGACUUUUUUUAGACAAACUCGCCCUAAACACUUGUAAAACCAGCACUAUAAUUUCUAAAUUGGUGCUUCAGGUGUCCCUGCAUUAGCCCAUGUUUGUUGUAAUUUGAAAUUUUACAUUUGAUUUAUGCAAUAAAUGUUUCAAUAGAA